ACCAUUAAAUAAUAUUUGUGUAGGGCUAUUCAUCGAAGUGCAACGCAAAUCUCAUAUUUUUUAUGAUUUUUGUAGUGCAAAGAACAAAUUAUUAGUGUUGUUGUUAUGUUAAUAUAAUAUUGCCGUACCUUUUUAGGUUAUGAUAAAAUUGCAGCAUUUUUGUGCAUAUGUGCAUGUUCAUCGCAUAAUUUCAAUGCAAAUAACAUUUUUAAAUUAAUAUUCUGGCUUUAGUUGGUCACAAAAAUGCACAAACUGAAAUCUUCACAACGGGACAAAGUUAAAAAAUUUAUACAGUUGACACAAACUAGUGAAAAUACAGCUAUUUAUUGUCUUACACAUAAUGAUUGGAAAUUAGAUAUUGCCAGUGAUAACUAUUUUCAAAAUCCAGAUGCUUAUUAUAAAGAACCUAAAGUAGUUAUAGAUAGAAAAAAAUUAGAAGCUCUAUUUCAACGGUAUCGGGACCCUAUUGAAAAUGACAAAAUAUCAGCAGAUGGAAUAAUGAAAUUUUUGGAUGAUUUAUGUCUUAGUCCAGAAUCUAAAUUAGUUUUAAUAAUAGCUUGGAAAUUUAAAGCAGAGACACAAUGUGAAUUCUCUAGGGAUGAGUUCAUAAACGGUAUGAUGGAUUUGGGUGUUGACAGCAUAGAUAAAUUAAAAGCAAAAUUACCAUUAUUAGAAAAUGAACUCAAAGAUAUAAUGAAAUUUAAAGAGUUCUAUCAUUUUACUUUUAAUUAUGCAAAAGACCCCGGACAAAAGGGCAUUGAUUUGGAUAUGGCAAUAGCAUAUUGGAAUAUUGUAUUAGCUGGUAGAUUUAAAUUCCUGGAAUUAUGGUGUAAAUUUUUACAGGAACAUCAUAAACGCUCCAUACCAAAAGACACUUGGAAUUUGCUAUUAGAUUUUGCUUCACAUAUAGAUGAAGAUAUGUCAAAUUAUGAUGCAGAAGGUGCAUGGCCGGUAUUAAUUGAUGAUUUUGUUGAAUGGUGUUUGCAAACUAAAAGUGGUCGAGACCGAAAUUGUGAUCAAGAGCCUCAUAGCACCGGCCUUCAUUAUGGGUAGCAGGUCAUAAAAGUAGAGAAAUGACCUUAGUAAAGAUCAUAAACCUUGCAAUAAUUUAUUAUUUCUUCGUUAUUUUUAUAUUUAAAUUAUUAUUUUUAUAAUGUUAGAAUAUUAUAUGUAAAUAACAUGAAGCUCUGUUUGUUUUUUAUUUUAAAAAGAUAUACACUUCAUUAU